AUGAUGCAAACAACGCCAUCACAUGAUCUAUUCAGAUCUAAUGAUGCCCUCCCUCCACUGGUAUCAUACACCCCAGAAAGUUCACAAGAAGAGCAGAAAAUAACUCAAUGCAAUAAGCCAUCCCCUUUGCCAGCAAUUGAAGAAUCAAAGAUCGAGGGUGAUGUUGUCAAAAAGAAAAAGAGCAUCAAAUUUAAAAUCAAAUCAGGGGAACAAAGAAAAUCACCUAGGCUCAUUGAAGCAAAGAAAAAUCCUAAUGACUACACCAAGGAUGAGACAAAAGUUGCUGCAGAAGAAGAUGAAAGAAAUUCUACAGAAGAAGAAGCUGAACCAGUCGUCAUUUCUGUAGUUGAUCAUAAUGAGGAUGAAGAAAAUCUGGAUAGCAAUAAUGAAGACAAGGCUGAUGAAGAUGAUUUUAUUGAAGAUGGUAAAAGCAAAAAAACAACUAAGCCUAAGAAAAAGAAGAGAAAAGCUUCAAGUCCGGUCAAAAUGAAAAGAGCCAAGAACGAAAAAAUGUCAAAGAAGAAGAAGAAGAAACAGAAGAAGAGGAACCAACUGAGAACAUAAGAAAGCCUGAAACAGACAUGCCAAAUAAGAUAUUGUUACGUGCCUACCCGAAAACCUUCACCGAUGCUAUCCAGGCAUUGACAGAAGAUCAGAAAAAAUGGGUGACUGAAGCGGGAUUUGGCCCUCUCUUAUCAUUUGCAAUGAGAAAAGUUCCGCACUCAAUGUGUGUGAAUAUAAUUUGGUGGUAUGAUUUGACCGAGGAUGAGAUGAUCUUCAGUAAACAAAGGGUGAAGAUCACAGAGCAAGAUGUGGCUGAUACCCUUGGGCUGCCAAAGGGAGAGAAAGAAAUCUGUUUCAAAAAAGGCAAAGUAAAUAGAGACAAAUUCUCUAGAUGGAGGGCACAAUUUCCUGACAAAGAUGGAAAUAGAAUCACAGAGUUGACCGUGUAUGAGGCGAUAACAAGAUCAAGAGUGGUGGAUCUUCAUUUCAAACAAAACUUCAUGAUUCUAAUGAUGAAUCUGUUUGUAUACACAAACAACAGCUCUUUCGUUUGUCAAGAUGUUUUGGGAUUUGAAGACGAGUUUGAAAACGCAAGCCACUACAAUUGGUGCAAGCUUGUGGUUGAAUCUCUUCGAUCUACUCAUGAGGAAUGGUGGGAUGAUCCUCAGAAAAAGUACUACACUGGUUCACUAGUGUUCCUCCUUUUCUUCUACCUUGACCGAAGCGUCCAUACUGAAUAUAGAGCAGAAAGGACAAGGCCUGUAUUCAUUGGUUGGAGGGAUUCACUGAUUGAAAAUAGAAACAGAAGUGAAUCCAUUGAUGGAAC